UCCCCACAGUCCGGUCGAUCGGUCGGCGACCCAAGACGUUGCAAAGGCGACCUAAAACUCACACCGAUUGGCUCCGUCCUGAGGGUCUUCAGUUCGACUUUAUGAUUGAAAGUUCGAAGUUUCUUUUUUUUCUUUUUUUUUUCUCGAAAACAAAGUACACUCUGAGUUGAUUAGUCGCUGCGAGCCUGGGCGUGUGAGCCAAGAAGAGAUAUGCACCUAAAAGAACCGCCUCGCGCAACCCUUUUUUCCAGCAAGUCCUGCCGAGCCGUUCCCCAAAAAAUGACAUCAAGCCGCAUGGCGGGGUUAGUGGGGCCUUUGUUUGCACUUAGCUGGGCCGUUAGGGUAGCUUGGUGAAGCUCCGCCGUGGAAUCUUCAAUUGACUUCAAACGUUCCAGCUCCCAUCUGUUUGCGCUCUACCCCCCCUUAACUCGACAACAGAACCAACCCCCUUUCUUUCACAUCGGGAUGAGAUGGAGCAACAAGUGGCAAGGCUCGUAGACAAGGCCUGGGACAAGUUCCAAAGGACACCGGCCGACCAGCGCCUCCUGAUUGGAAUCUCGGGCAUCCCGGGCUCAGGGAAAACAACCCUCUCCCAGAUGGUCACAACUCGCCUCAACGCCCGCACCGCGACGCUUGACCCUUCUGACCCUUCCCGUGCGGCGCGGCCACCGGCAGCCUUCGUCCCCAUGGAUGGGUACCACCUCACCCGCGCUCAGCUCUCAGCCAUGCCAGACCCGGACACCGCCCACGCCCGCCGCGGCGCCGUAUACACCUUUGACGGCGCAGCCUUUCACAGACUCGUCGUUUCCCUCCGCGAGCCCCUGCGCGCCGACUCCUCCCCGGUCUACGCCCCGAGCUUCGACCACGCCAUCAAGGAUCCCAAAGCCAACGACAUCGCUGUCCAGCCCUACCACCGCAUUGUCAUCUUCGAGGGAAACUACCUCGCUCUCGACAAGCCGCCGUGGAGCGACGCUGCGAAGCUUAUGGACGAGCUUUGGUUCGUAGAUGUCGACUUCGAGGUCGCGAGAAAACGCCUGGUUCGCAGACACGUCAAGGCCGGUAUUGCCAAGGACGAGAUCGAGGCCGAUAAGAGAGCAAGGGAGAAUGACUUAGUCAACGGAAAGGAAAUUGUAGACUACCGUCUAGAUGUCCAUGAGGUAAUUGUCAGUCGGGAAGACGACGAAUGGGUUCAUUCAUGAAUGGGGAUCGUAGGUCAGCGGUUGCAACAUGCCGUUCAGUGAAAGGGUGCUUGGUCCACCUAUUUUCAGCAGAACUGAUGGAGAGACUCAAUUAUCUGAUGUCUAUCCUCUUAUGACAGUUUCGUUCGGAGAUGACCCCGGCUAUUCCGGGAUUAUCUCAGGCUCGAAAAAUCUCUCGUUGCGAACAGACA